AUGGGUUGCCUGCACACCAAAGGGAGCAAAGAAGGGAGGAAAUACCAAGAGGAGGAGGAGAAUGAGGACCAAAGACGUAUUCUUGGGACAAGAAGGAGAAGGUCAACCCAGCGGACUAUAAUCGAGAACAUUAGUAAUGAGGAAUGUGUUCCUAAGAGACUGCCAGGACUGUGUCGUGAUGGCUGCUUGUGGACAAUUCAGGACCAGAGAUUGCUGCAAGAUGGAUAUUUUCCUUCUCUGCCAGACACAGCCUAUCAUCGAAGCCUCGGCCAAGAUGAGAUUUGGCUGCUUCCAAGCCUCAUAUCCUCAACUCAAAGGUUAAAGAUCAUUGUUCAUGCAGCAGGAAGGUGCUGGACUGAGCAUCUUCAUAACAACUGGUCCAACAUACACGAUUUCACGCCUGUUGAAGGAGAGACCAACUGGUCCUGUUCCUCCCAGUCUGAUGCCCUGGAACAAGCCUUCAAGCUGCCUGAAACAGAGGAGCUGAAGAGUGUUGAACUGAUGCUGGGAACUGAAACGAGUGUUGUGCCGUUCACUCUUGGCUCACCAAUGUAUGGGGGACAGGAAGCCACACUUGUUAUUUUCUUCUUUGAUGAAACCUACCAGCAAAAAGCUAUGGAUUUCAUUAGCUCUCUGAAAUCAAAGAUUCAAAGUUGCAGGAUCCAGCACAGCCGUGAGGUUAAAAUGGAGAUAUCUGAUGCCCAGAGAGUGUUCCAGACAUCUCAGUACAAGAGUGCAAUUAGCCGAGGACCAUCAUUGCACUACUGUGUCUCGGCAGUGGGAUAUCAGAAGCAUGUAGCAAGAUCGGGCAGGAAUUGAAUGCAGAUGCUCAGGACCAGGUGGUGUACGUGACUGCAGACAGCAACACAGCAAUCAGCAGAUUGAUGCUUUCUUUUCCUAUGCUUCAAUGACCCUUUCCAUGUAAGACUUACAAGCAGGAACUCCGAACUCUGGAAGCUAUACGUAUUAUGUUCCCCAAUGGGAAGUGACAAUGUUUGGAAAAAAGAUUCUUGAUGUGGUUUCUUGGUGAAGUGUCCCUUGAAGUGUCUUUUCAAAUUACAAAUCUGAUUAUGGGAUAAUAACAUUCCAGUUACAUUCCUUGUGAAUUAUUUUAUCAAAGCAUUUUAAUACUUUCUUUUCUGUUUUCCAGCUUUCAUUAUUUAUUUUUUGUGAUAAAAAUAUGUAAUGGGAAUUUUGUACAAAGGAUGGACAUCUUAAGUAUGCAUUUUGGGUAUACUGUAUGUACCUAUAGGUUUUAUUUAUUUGUAUAUUAUUGCAAUAUUUGAUGUUAUUUUAGAUAUACAUUUAGUAUUUACUU